AUGGAACGUAUUGCGCCGCUAAGGCUUGCGGAAAAAUGGGAUAAUGUAGGAAUCCUUCUCGAAUCUCCCGUAUCGAAACCCAAUAGAAGGAGAGUUCUCUUGACGAUAGAUCUCACGCCAGCAGUCCUCGAAGAAUCUCUAACUGAAAAAAUCUCCGUCAUCGUAUCCUACCAUCCGCCAAUCUUCAAACCCUUACAAUCAUUCACACUCGCGAAUCCCCUCCAGUCAUCUCUUCUGAGAUGUGCUGCGGAGGGUAUCUCGGUAUAUAGCCCCCAUACGAGUGUAGAUUCCGUAUGGGGAGGUGUGAACGACUGGUUAGCUGAUGGUGUUUUGGGUGGAAACGGCACUCGGUCGCGUGGAACUGUACGAGCGUUGGGUGCGGAAAAACUGUCGGCUGCGUUUGGAGAAAGCGAAGGCGCAGAGGGAAGACUUGUAGUGUUCGAUGAACCGAUUGCCUUUCAGAAGUUGCAAGAUAGGAUUAAGGAGCAUCUCAAAAUCCAACAUAUUCAAGUUGGUCACGGUCUAGGUCUUACCGCGUCAGACCGAAUUCGAACCGUGGCGAUUUGCGCCGGCUCGGGGGGCUCUAUGCUUCUUGGGAAGGACGCAGAUGUCUAUUUUACGGGGGAGAUGUCGCAUCACGAAGUACUGGCUGCUGUCGCAGCUGGAAAACACGUCGUUUUGUGUGGACAUACGAACACCGAACGCGGAUAUCUACCCGUCUUGGCUGGGAAGCUUCGGAAAGAGCUGGAAUCAGAGGAGAGUGUGGAGGUGUUGGUGAGCAAGGCUGACAAGCAUCCACUUGACAUCGUGUAG